GGGGGUCGUCCUUUGUUGCGAUGAGGUGCUGGGGGUGCCUGAUAGCGCAACUCCCAGACCAUCAUUGCUCAUCCUCGUCGAUUGAAGGGGCUGACUGAUGAUUUCAUGCUCUGACACGGAUCCUGUGAUUCAUCAUCCCGCCAUCUCCUUCUCUGGCUAUAAGAAAGCUUCCAUCUCCCUUCCAGAUUUUUUCUACACUCACAAAGCAAUCUAAUCCUUCAACGCCUUCUCCACUGCUCUUUUUCCUCAUACAGUGCUAGUCAUUGUUCCUUUCCUCUUAUACAUUACUUCGCAUCCUUCGUUCAAUCAUGGCACCCUACAUCCAAGAGUCCUCCACUGUCCAGGUGGCCACUGAUGUCCCAACCAAGGCUCUCAAGCCUGUCACCGCAAAGAACCCCGCCACUCUCAACUACCAGCCUGGCUGCACCCACGUUGAGUCCUACGACGAAACCUAUGAGCACCAAGACCUCCUUCCUCGUUUCCCCGACGUCCACUGGCCGGAUCUUGGUCCCAUCCACUACGAGGACAAAGGUCUCAAGGGAGACCCGAACUUCCGCAACCUGCUCGAUGCUGCAACGGACGUCUUUGAUUACAACCCGAAGAUCGGCACUGAGAUUCACGGUGUCAAGCUUGCUCAGCUCAACGAUGCCCAGAAGAAUGAUCUCGCCCGCCUGAUUGCCACUCGUGGUGUUGUCUUCUUCCGCAACCAGGACGACCUCGACAUUGAUGCUCAGCGUGAGCUCGGCGCCUACUUCGGCCAGCUCCACAAGCACGCUACUACCUCUGUCCCUCGCCGCAAGGGCCUCGAGGACGUCCACGUCGUCUUCACUGAAGGCAACAAGGACUUGAGGUCUCUCUUCACUCCUACCUUCCUCUGGCACUCCGAUGUUACCUAUGAGGAGCAGCCGCCCUCUUACACCUCGCUGAAGCUGCUCACUGGCCCCCCUCGUGGCGGUGGAGGUGACACCCUCUGGUCCUCUCAGUACGCAGUCUACGACUCUAUGUCGCCGUACAUGCAGAAGUACCUCGAGAGCUUGACCGCCCUUCACUCCGCACACAUCCAGGCCGAGGGCUCCAAGCAGAUGGGCCGCGCGGUCCGCCGCGACCCCAUCGUUACCGAGCACCCGCUUGUGCGCACGCACCCAGUCACGGGCUGGAAGUCCGUCUUCUUCAACCCUGGCUUCGUGACCAAGAUCGUCGGCGUGCCGAAGACGGAGAGCGACCACAUCAUCAGCUACCUUAACGAGCUCAUCGCCACCGUCAACGAGGCCCACGUCCGCUUCCAGUGGAACAAGAACGACGUGGCUUUCUGGGACAACCGCAUCUGCAACCACUCGGCCUCGUACGGCUUUGUGCCCCACCGCCGCCACGCUGUCCGCGUCUGCUGCCAGGCUGAGCGCCCCGUCAACGACCCCAAUGGCAAGUCCCAGGAGGAGGAGCUCAACGCCAAGUAUGGUCUUCCUCAGGUCAGCAAGGACGGCGCAGGCAUCGUCAACUACAACGACUAAGCUCGCCUGGUGCGAAGCUGUUUUGAGGUUUGAGGUGUUGGAAUUCAGUGAUACCAGAACAAUUUGGAAUUUGGCGACUUUUGGUGAAGCGGAUUAAGCGGGCGCUUGGGAAUCAGAGUAAAGCACAGGUAGCCUAUUCUGCUGCACUUUCUCUGAGGCGUUAUGGGAUAUUAAUUUUCGAAGUAUAAUUGAGCUUUCAAUUACAUAAAUCAACUUUUCAAAAAUCAUCAUCAG